ACGCUUCCGCUUGAGCGGGUAUCUCAAAACAUGGCUGAGUGUGUUUAUGAAUGCCCAGGUUUUGGAUUGUGUUUUGUUUCUGAGGUAAUUUAGUGUGAGGCGAAGUGAUUCCGCUGUUAAAGAAGAUGGGGCGGAGCCAGCGUCCUUUUCAGUUCCUCUGAAGAUACAUUUCUUUUCCUCCCCAGAUCGAAAGGUACUUGGAGUGAAAGCUCAAUGCUCAGAAAGCAGGUUAGUCAAUUCUCAAAAUGGGGACCCCUAUAUUGAACAAACCUAGAUCGUUAUCCUGCACUCCAGAGAAUUGUGAGAAUUCUGUUCAAAGCAGCAGCUUAGGGAAACAGUUAAUGAGUACAACUCUACGAGAACGGUUGAAGAAAACAAGAAGAUCUUUUCAUUCAAAUUUUAUUGUUGCCAAACAACUUAAAAUAGAUGAUGAAAACAAUAGUAAUCCAAAGGAGAAAACUUUAUCUAAGGAAGAACCAUGUUCUGUAUCACAUGCUGAGGAUAAGUGCUUGGAAAAAGUUCCUGAUGAAACUAUAUGUUCAAAGAGUUCUGCAGAAGACAGAUCACUAUCUGAAUACAAUGGAUAUAAUAACUCUACACACAAUUCUUCAGAAAUUAAUUUGUUGGGCAGAGACUGUAAACAAUGGGAGCUGUUGGAGGAAAAGAUGACACUAAUGAAGCAACUUCAGGAAAAAGAAGACAUUCUUAGAAGACUUAAAUUGGUAAAACUAUAUAGAACAAAGAAUAACCCAGAAGAGUUACAGUUUCUGAUAUCAAAAUGGAGAAAGGGUUCCCAAGCAAUUCUAUAUGAGCUGCAAUCAGCCUUAUCUACUGAUAACAAGAAAUUAAGUCUGACUCAACUGAUUGACAAUUUUGGAUUAGAUGACAAACUCUUACAUUAUAUCCGAACAGAUGAAGAUUUUACAGAUCCAUAAACAUUAGUGUUUUAUUUCAGUCUUAAAAAUAUAUAAAAAAUGACUAUUUUCAAGAAUUGAAUUUAAGUUCUGAACUGUAUGACUAGAUUAUUAUAAGGACCUGCUACUUUUGUUUUAGUCCACCCUCUAUAUUUGAAUCCUGAUCAUCUACCCCUCCUUAUUUAAUACAUUAAACUCCAAGAGUCUGCUGUUAUGCCCCUUCUCAUUUGUUCUUAACUCAGUCUCUCUUCAAAUUGCAAUCUUUCAGUCAAUUUCUUUUGCCAAGUAGCUUUAGGACAAUUCUCCAUUCACAAGGAUAUAUUUCUGUUUAUGAGUUUUUAAUUCUGCGCAUCUUUUGGUUUUGUAAAAGUGGAAUAUCUAAAUAUCCCAGUUUUAGUAUGACAAUAGUAAUCUGUUACAAUACAAACUGGUAAAUUUAUUUAAAUGCAUUGUGAAUAUAAAUAUGUUGAAGUGAUCAAAAUGAAUUAUGACACAAUAUUUAUAAAGCUAUCUUAAUGUAAUAAAGAA